GGGGCGACAAUGCAUGCGCUGAGGGGCAGGCGGUGUGGCCAUGGUGGCGACACCGGUCCCAUCCGUAGCCCAUACUCGAGCAUAGUCGCGAGUCCCCCCUCCCCCUCCACCCCAUGCCAUCCUCCCGGGCAAGGCAAGUGAGGUGCUAGGGUUAGGCGCACUUGAUUUCCGUUUGUCCAUUAGGUCAUCAGCCACCUGAUCAGAGCCUGCCUGCACUGCCAAGUCAAAGCAGAGCCGGCGGUUCGGGUGUGCUGGCAGGGCCGUGACAUGUUGCAACUGGCUCGCCCAAAGUGUGGUGUGCCACAGCGCCAGGACCCGCGCCGGCCGGCAACCCGCUCCUGCAGCGUGCUCGAAGUGAGCGGCAUGAAGUGGCGCAAAGGGGUAUGGGCCAUAAUAGCGCCCAGUGCCCCGCGCACCCGUGCACGUGGGGGCUUAUGUGGGGCCCGGUAGAGCGGACACGGGCAUGCAGGGCGCGGGAUAUCGGGACGAUUCAUGCCCUCUCACUUGAUGUACGGCCAAGCUAUGUGAAUAUGAUGCUUGGCGGCAUUGCCGUAGAGGAAUUCGCAGGUGGUGUGGGUUUGUGUGUGUAUGCAGGCGACCAGAUAGGUUUACUAUAGGUUUAUAGCUCCCCUUUCCGUAAGACUUGGCGGGCAAACGUGCCCCUAGGUUGCCUCUUUGAGUAUCACUGUCUUGCAACGGCAGAGGUUUAGUGGUAUUGCGUACAAACUAAUGCUAAGCUGGGUUGCAGUCCUAGCACUCCACCCACCUCUUGCAGCUGGGCAAGGCGUGGGUUUCCAGUUGGGAGGCGGUUGGCAGGUUGCGGGUGAGGAGUAGGAGGAGGAGGAGGAAAGUCGGGUGCCCCGCGGUAGGGCUUCCGCAACCGUCUGGGUGCGGCGAGGCUCGGGGCGCAGCUUGCGAAUGUGUGGGGUGAAAGGGUGCUGGUUGCAACUCGGUCCUCACAAACGGGAAACGGCAGGUAGGGACGUUCGGUGUGUUUUAUGACACAAGGAUCGUGCAGGAUAUGCACGACGACAACGUGGAAGAUGCGAGGGCUGCUGUUGACCGGUCGGGGUUGCAUACCGUAAUGCUUCUGUACCCUCGUAAAACGUUACGAGCAAGGCAAGCCAACAGCACCUAGUUAGGGUUACGGCCGGAGAUGGAGCUCCACGGUGGAAAUCUUUGCCAUGUUCGCUUCGUGCCUCCUCGCCGUCAGCUCUCCUCUCAACCAUGAACCCUACCCCUCCCACGCGUGCCCAUACUACCACGCUUUGACACCUCCCUCCCAGCGCCCGGUGGAGCUGCAGCGCCGACGUGGCGGCGUGCCGUGCAGGGGAGUGCUGGAGUAGAUGAUGCACAGCGGCCGGACGGGUAGCCCACGGUGCGUGGUGCUCGGAUUUGUAUAAUGGAAACGAUGGCAGUAAUAUACUUCGAAGUGGCGUGGUUGGGAAACAUACCGGUACGCUCGCAUUUUUGUCCUUGCUAUGUUCUUGGCUCCAAGCUGCACAAAGCAAGGUGUUACAUCGGUCUGCCAGGUCCUCUCCAUUCUUUGCGUCCAGGAACAUCUUGGCCCUGGCGCAGGCGCAGGGUGCAGAAUCCCAUCGCUCCUGCAAUGCCAACUUACCCAUGACGUUAAGUCUAUGACCGUCUGGGUGUCAGCCACCAUUAUAACUCUCGCUGAAUACGUUUUUGUUAUAGAUCAUGAAACGUUCGCUCCAGAGCGGUUUUAUGGUUACCGCCAAUGCGCAACCCUUGGUUUCGAAGCCAUUCAUUUCAGCUAGACUGAGGAGGCGACGGCACAGCUAAGUAAGAGAACUUUCUAUAUGCUAUCAGACUAGAUGCCAUAGGCUGUUGGACCUCAUCCUAGAAUAUGUUAGCACAGCAAGAUUCGUUGACUACACAGCAAGUUCCUCAGUCAACAGGGGUUUUACAGCCUGUCGAGCAACAACAGCCAAUCGUUCUUUCUCCCAGCAGCACUCUACCUGAUGAGAAUACUGUACACAGGAUGGAUGCUGCAGCGCUGGCAGCGGCCUAUCGGCUGCGGAUUGCACAGGCAGCCGCGUCGCCUGCCCCAGCCGCUACCACUCAGAGCAUCAGAACCACCUCUGCGGCACGCCUGCUAACAUUCGUCAACAACAGCCCACACCCAACUCCUACCGUCCACGGCAACGACCAGCACAGCGUACAAAAUCUCGAGCGGAAAUGGAAAUUGCUGUACGGCACAAUGAAAAGCCACUCCCAGGCCGCGGCCGACGUGUUGAUGAAGCAGGCGCAGUCCACCAGCCAGGUGGAGGAGCUGGUGCAGCUGCUGCUCACGCAGCUUAAGGCGGGUGCCGAGGAGCGGCUGCGGCUGCAGCAGCUGGUGCUGCAGGAGCGGUCGCAGCUGAUGGCGCAGGCGGAGGAGGCGGCGCAGCUGCACCAGCGGCUGCACAGCUCGGAGCAUCUGAGCACCGCCGUACAGGUGGUCACGGAGUCGCUGCAGGGCCAGCUGUCUCAGGCGCGCGAGGCGCUGGAGGCCAGCAGCCGGGAGAAGCAGGGGCUGGCGGAGCAGGUGGCGCAGCUGUCGGAGCAGGUCAGGCAGCUCACGGAGCAGUUGUCGGUCACCACCGAGUGCCGUACACGCGGCGAUGCCCUCAUUGCGGAGCAGGCUGCCGUCAUUGAGACGCUUCGCCAGCAGCUGCAGGAGCAGGCCGCCACCGCCUCCCAGCUGGCCGAGGACAAGGCGGACCUGGAGUCGCAGCUGCAGGGGGUGCUGCGGGCGGAGCAGGAGCUCACGGGCCACCUGCGGGAGACGCAUGCGGCCAUAGAGGGGCAGCUGGCGGCGCUGAGGGACCAGCUCAAGGCGGAGCGGCAGAAGCGCGCUGCAGUCGUGAAGCGGCGCGGGGAGCUGCAGGGUCAGGUGGAGCAGCUGCAGGCGCAGGUGGCGGCGCAGCAGGCGGAGAUGACCGCGCUGGUGGAGAGGCUGGCGCGGGGUGGAGGUGUUUCCCAGCCGCACGCCACACAGCCGGCGCCUGCACGCGGCCCCGCCCAGCCGCCCAGUCAUGUGGGCCCCACCGCCUCCUCAUCCGCCAAGGCAGUUGCCCUCCAAGCAGCCGCGCACGUACGGCACACGGCGGCGGCGGCGGGUGGUGCUGUCCCCGGCCACCGCCUGGCCGCGGGUAUGGCAGCUGCGGCGGCCUCUCCCGCGGCGGCGGCGGGCGCGUCAUCAGCGGCCGGCACUGCGGCAGGCGCAGCUGACCGGCGCAGCAGGUCGACCCUGCGGCCGAGCUCUGCUAACGGGCGGCCUGCCUCCAAAUCGCCGACCACCUCCACUGCCAGCGGCGUGCGCCGGCCGGCUUCGGCCCGGCGGAGCGCAACUCACUCGCCCUCGGCCAGUGCGGCCACGGAGGGAGAGCUGGAUGAGGCGUCGUCCGGCCCCAGCACUGCGACCGCCACGCCUGUCACGCUGCAUGUGCCGUCGUCGCUCACGCCAUUUGACGAGAGUAAGAGGACUGCACCUCCGCGCCAACCUAUGUUUGAGAAGGAAGCCGUUGCGACCGCCCACGGCAGCAACGGUCCGCCGCAGGCAGCUCAACAUGAACGCAGCUCGGGUGGAGUGGCAACCGGAGCUCAGCCGCCGCCGUCCCCGCCCAUCAACCUUCCGCCGUACCCCGCCCAGAGUACCGACCAAGGCGGCGGUGGCGGAAACCGCCGCCGGUCCAUCUCCCCUGAGCCCUCACGCGCCAGCCUAAACGCCGUACAGCACGCCCGACGUGCAAGCCCCGGUGUCGACCGUGCUAAUAAGCCAAACACUGCAGCAAUGGGCACCUGGCUACCGUAGAGUGGGGUUAUGGGGUGCUGGGUGAAGGCUAGGUGCACUGUUGGGGGCUUGGGGCUUAUGCUUGACGGUUUGUGUGCACAUACCGGUAGACUGUGUGACUGACGCCUUUAGCUGCGCGUAACAGUAGAGAUUUUGCAGUGUAGAGCAUGUUUCUUUUUAAAUGGUAGGUGAAAACGGCGUCAUUAGGCACACUGGUACAU